ACUCCUCCACCAGCUUCACACACCAGCAGCACACCACCAGUCAAGCAAACUUUCUUCCUUGACACCAGUCCACCGUCAAUACACACAGUAUCGACAACGGCCGUUGACCUCAACGCUUCCGACCCUUGACCCUCGGAUCGCCGCCCGCUGCUAUUGGCUGCUGCUUUAGGCAAUCAUUUUUCUGCCUACAUAACAAAGAUGCCUUCCUCAUCGCACCUCAGAAUACAGUCCUCCUUCGAGCCCAUCUCCGCCGAGACGACUCGCAGCCACUACUUCGCUUCACCACCGCAGAAGAAGCAGAAGAUGUCGCUCACCCAGACCUACUACAUCGCCGCCUCUGCCCGCUCCAAGCUGGGCAAGGAGGCCUGCCGCGCCGACCACGACCUCCGCCUGCUCGUCGGCCACGCCAACCUCCUCGACUCCCUCAUGAUCGAGCUCCAGGACGCCGAGAGGCAGCAGGAGGCCUGGUUCCAGAACACCGUCGCGAAGGCUCAGAAGUCGGAGGAGCCCCGACACAUCCAAUGGGCUGACACCAUCGAGGAGGAGCCCGAAGAGGACUCCGACUCCGACUCCGACUCUGAUUCAGACUUGUACGACGAGGACGGCGACUUCGACAUGGUCAACCUGCCCCGCCAUCUCCGCCAGGCGCCGGUGCAAAUCACCACCACCGAGAUUGACGAGGAGGACGACGAGGACCAGUACGACGACCUCGAGGACGACGCCGACCUUGCUCUCGCUCGCGUGCCAUCGCAAUCACAAUCGCCGCCCGAGCUUGUCCACGACGAGGACUCGGACGACGAAUCACCGCCAGUCUCGCCGCCGCAACCUACCAUGGAGUUCUCCGAGAAGGAAGCCAUGCUCACAACAUCCUUCUACGACGGAAAGCCGCAGGCGUCCUACUUCGAGGACGACCUGUUCAUACCCGAAUCGACCGCUCCGCUCAUCACAAGUUAUUAGGCCAACACCUCGGGAAAGCAU